GGCGGCCGGUCGGGCGCGCGCCGGGCCCGCGCCGCGCCGCGCCGCGCCGCUCGGAGGCGGAGGAAAUGAAGGCGAGUUCCGCCGAGGCGGGAGCCAUUACCCGCCGCCGCCGCCGGAGCUGAGCCCCCCUCCGAGCCCGGCCCCUCCGCCGCCGCCCCCCCGCUCCCCCCAACCCCCCUCCCUCCGCACGCCCGUCCCCGGCACAGCCUCGCAGGCGAUGCCAGCGUCUGGCCGGAAGAGGAAGGCCAACUUCUCCAAUGACGAGACUGAGACGCUGGUCUGGAAUGUGGUCCGGCAUUUCAGCGCCCUGUAUGGGUCUGAAGCCCUGCGGGCUCACCCUGUGCGGCGGAAGCAGCUCUGGACCCAAAUCCAAAGCCGCGUCAACUUCCUGGGCUACACCGAACGCUCCAUCGACGACCUCAAGCACAAGUGGCGCGACCUGCGGUUGGACGUCAAGAAAAAGAUCACCUCCAAGAAGCACCUGCCCAUGAACCGCGCUGGUGGGCCCCUCCACAAGCCGCGCCUCACGCCCCUGGAGAAGAUGGUGGCUUCCACCUUCCUUCAGGCCAGCCACGACUCGGAGACUGAAAUCAUCUUGGACCCAGAUCUGUUCUUCCCCGGCGUGACCAAGCAGUCUUUCAUGCACCUGCAGCCCGGCGUGAGCCACCCCAGCAUCUACAUCGACACCAACGGGCAGCCCUCGUCCCUGCCUGACGUGGAGGGCUCUGCCGUGCCCCGGCUGGCGGUGCAGAGCCCCGACCCCUCCGUCAUCUGCGAGUACAGCCGAGGGGAAGGACAGAGCAGCUCGGCCGAGUCGGGACCGGAGCUGCGGACUCCGGACAUGUCAGCCAUUUCCCCGUCCCUGCGAAACGAGUCCCUGGUCUCCUAUGCCUCCAUGUCGGAGGAGGAGGAACGCGAAGGCCGGGAGGUGGAGAGGGGCCACGGUGGGGCCGUGGGGAUGCAGCCUGGGCCCGAGGCUCCCAUGUCAGCAGAGGAAGACAUGAAACUGUCCCGCCAGGCCAUGCUGAUCCGCAGGUGCAGCUCCCAGGGCUCCGUCACCUCCCUGCCCGAGGACCCUCUCAACCCCGUGGACGCUCACUCGGACUGGGGCCACGAGGGGGUGUCCGACCUGCCCCCCUUGGGCCGCGGGCUCGACUCCUCGCACCCCGAGGAGCAGGCGGGGGGCCCGGGCCCAGAGAUGGGCGCUUUGCCCAGGGUACUGAUGGGGCCCACCUGGGAGAAGCCGACGGCAGAGGAGGAGCCGCCGGCCCGCUCCCCGCUGCACGGGGCCCUGACCGAGGAGUCGCUGCCCUCCUCGGCCUCCCCCCCGGGGGACGCCCCCGCUGCCCCCGGCCCGCCCCGUGGCCUGGGCUGCUCCCGCCUGCGGGAGGACCGCCGGGAGAGCUGGAGGACUAACAUCCAUCACCUGCUGGACCUGGAGGAGCAGUGGGACCAGCUGUACCACCAGGAGCUGGCCAUGUGGCAGGAGGAGCGGGCCACCCAGCGCGAGGAGAGGGCCCGCGACCGCGAGCUCCAGUUUCGCCUGCUGGGCGUCCUGACGGACAUCCGCGACGAGCUGCGCUACCUGCGCCAGGAGAGGGCCAGCGCCCGGCAGAGCCAGGCGCCGCCGGCAGAGCCCCGGCCGGACCCCAGCCCGCUCCUCGAGCAGCCCAAAGCCGAGCCCAGCUUCCCCGAGCCACAGGCCGGGACCACCAGCUGGGGAGAGACCGCCGUGCCCAGCCGAAGCCCCUUUGGAAACCGGGGCCGGGGCCGGCGUCGGGGCCGGCCGCGUGGCUCUGCCUCCAGACACAGACGGCUCUUCCUCACCAACAGCUAGGGACGGGCGGGGACGCUGUCCCGCGAAGGACCUGGUGUGCCUGCGGCCCUCCCCGGUGCCUGCGCGCGGGGCUCUGGCCACGCGGUGGGUGCCCGGCCACGGACAGAGGGGCGUGCGCGUGGGGGGAACGGCGUGCGUGGGGGGAACGGCGUGCGUGGAUGUGCGUGGGAGCCGCCUGUGGGAGCCGCCUGGCUCGCAAGGAGAUGUACGCAAGCGUGCGGCCGCCAGCGAGGUUGGCACCCACCCCGCCGGCACGCCCGAGCCCCCGCCGGCACGGGGAAGGUACGCGGGGGGGGGUGGGGGGGAGGGCGCGGGCGGCCGGCGCUGCGCACGCUGGGAGCACGGCGGGCACACACGCGUGCCCGGGGAGGGGAGGCGGCGAUACGCAAGCGCGUGUAAGGCGUGCGAGCGGCCCGGAGGCCUGCCCGUGCCCGCGGCCCUGCGUGGGCAGCCCGGGGCGUGCGGGGCCGGCCGGGCGCGCGUGGGCGAGCGGGGCGCGUGGCGGGGAGGCGUGCGCAGGUGUCAGCGGGGCCGUGUGACAGCGCUAGUUGAGUAGGAUUACUACCUUUCGGGGGGUGGGGAGUUAGGAACACUUAGUCGCUGAUGUGCGAACAUUUUAUGCAAAUCAUUUAAUGACCUAAUUUGCAUAUAACCAUGAACUUCUGUUAAAAAAAAAACAACAUCCCCAAAAAACAGAAAA